AUGGCAGAAAUAACCAACGCCGUACAGGAACGACAGGACCAAUCAAAACAAUACCCUAUCCUGUGGUGGACAACAUGGUUCGGCCAAACCGGCGAGGAAGGUCGAGUCAUCGACAACUGUGGUCUCCCUUAUUCCUGCAAGUUCACACUGGACCGGAACCAGUAUGAUGAGUCAAAGAUCAUUAUCGCCCACGCCCCGAGUUUCCAGUUCGACUUUCCUCAUCUCGAUGAUCUCAAGUCUGGUAGAAAGGCACUCCUCCUAAACACACUAGAGGCGCCUCAGGGAUUCCAGAUCAACUCAAUAUGGACGGAUAUAUUCACCCACAUGUGGUCGUACUCAUUCGGGACUGCCGACUUUGUCGAGUCGUACUUCGCGGCAGGACGAGGACAAGGCACAUUUAUCGAAUCCAUCCUCGCCAAACCAAUGUACACCAUCCAGGAAAAGAACGUCUUUCGAAAGGACUUGGCACCUGUCGCAUGGAUUGUCAGCAAUUGCGUGGCGAGGAACGGACGCCAUUUUUACGUCGAGCAACUCUUAAAGUACAUCAAAGUCGACAUCUAUGGAAAAUGCAUGACGAACAUGGCCUGGCCAGUGCAUCCAGAUGGACGGGCAUUUGCAGCUAAUGAGGUAAUGGGACGGUACAAGUUCUAUCUCAGCAUCGAAAACAACAACUGCGACGACUAUGUGACGGAGAAGAUCCAGCGCCCCUACUCCGUGGGAGUUGUGCCUAUCCUGGACGGACCCAAGGACUACUCCCGUUUCCUAGCAACCAACCACUCCUCUCUCCGACUAGACGACUUUGAGACAUCUAAGCAACUCGCUCAUCGCAUUCUUGAACUGGAUCAGGACGACGCCGCCUAUAUGAAGUAUCUGGACUACAAGGAAUCCACCGCCCCAAUUGAGUCGUUGCUCAACCCAAGGCUACUUGAGACCUAUGAUCUGCCUCAAGGAACAUGGGGACCCGAUGGAAACGGAGCUCGUUGCGGUAUAUGCAAGAUGGCACACGACAUGGCUGAGGGCACCUACCAGUUCAACUCCAGCAAAGUCAUUGGUGCCGACACGACUUGCACCUUCACAAAGUGGGCGUCUAUCAGUCAGGAAGCCGAACUUAUUAAACGGGAGGCUGAGUUGUAUUGGUGGAUCGUUGCACUAGUUGUGCUUGCCGUCUUCACAAGCGUGGUUGUUAUCAUUGUCUGUUACAAGAGUCGCAGGGCGAGAAGGUCUCUUCAGGUGCUCAAGAACAACCUGAUGCCAAGUGGGUGGGGAGAGAAGUUGGGCAAUGAUAGCACGAGAAUGGAAGAUUAUCAGCUUCUAACAUCUCAAAAUGAAGACUAG